CCCAAGUGACAUCAGACACCUACAGCCAAGAGUCGAAACAAAUGGAGGGAAAUCUGGAGUUUAAAAACAUCCAAUUUGUUUAUCCAGCAAGACCCAAUGUUCAGAUUCUUCAUGGAUUUAACUUAAAAGUUUCUAAAGGCCAGACUCUCGCACUGGUUGGAAGCAGCGGCUGUGGAAAAAGUACAGUGGUUCAGCUUUUGGAGCGUUUUUAUGACCCUGAAGAAGGACAAGUGCUUGCUGAUGGGAUCGACAUCACGUCUUUACAUCUGAAGUGGCUGAGGUCGCAGAUAGGCAUUGUGUCACAGGAACCAAUCCUUUUUGACUGCAGCAUCGAAGAGAACAUUCAAUAUGGAGACAACAGUAGACUUGUUCCACAGGAAGAAGUUAUAGAGGCAGCGAAAGCAGCCAAUAUCCACACAUUCAUUAUGAACUUGCCAGAAGGAUAUAACACUCGUGUUGGAGAUAAGGGAGCUCAGCUUUCAGGUGGACAAAAACAAAGGAUCGCCAUUGCACGCGCUCUUGUACGGAAGCCAAAAGUGUUACUCCUGGAUGAAGCCACUUCUGCACUUGAUUAUGAAAAUGAAAAGAUUGUGCAGCAAGCUCUGGAUAGUGCCAGGCAAGGACGGACAUGCAUAGUGAUUGCUCAUCGAUUAAGCACCAUACAGAAUGCUGACAAUAUCGCAGUGAUUAAGAACGGGAAAGUGGUGGAAUACGGCACUCAUAACCAGCUAUUGGCUAACCAAGCUGAUUACUAUGCUCUUGUGAACACACAAGACUCAAACUAGGCCUCAUACACAUGCAAAGUCUUACAG